AUGGCUGUGUUUUCCACAGGUUCUUAUCGCUUUGUCUCAUCCAGUAAAUCGUUCCUGUUCUCGUUAUAUAACAUCAAUGGCUACGUUCCUGUGAAGCUGAACAUCAAGUCAAGUCGUUACAGCCACGCGAUAGCCUCAGGUUCCAGUUACGGACCAUUCUUUGGUGGUGGGGCCGACCUGCUUAACAACGCUGCAAUCAACCAAAAUUCCUUCACCCACUGUGGCGACACCUACCCCCUCCCCUCUGGGUCCUCUGCAUCUGGUGGCUCUUGUAGAUUCUAUGCAGGAUCCUUCACAUUCACUCCCACUGAUGUUGAAGUGUUUUACGAGACAAAGACGUAA